GUCCUUGUAAACAGAAAAUUUCUGAUUCGGUGCGCAGUGGAACACUAUUCAACUGGUAGAUUAUACCUAUCAUUAGCAAAUCGACUAUGUUCAGGUUAAACUGGAGCGAAAUGACACGAUCUCGCUAACUCAACUAGAAGCUAAUUUGACGUGCUGUGUUUGCCUCAACAUAUUUUUCAAACCAAUCAACAUCGAUCCGUGCAAUCACAAAUGUUGCUAUUCGUGCGUAUUGUCAUGGCUUCAGCAAAAUCGAUUUGUUGGGAGAUGCCCUCAGUGUCGGUGUACUAUCAUGAGUGUGAAGCUCGAUCCUGCGCUCAACAGUAUAGUGGAGACAAUGUUAACGAUGAAACCAGCACUGCGACGUAGCAAUGAAGAAGUCGCGAUGAUUGAAGAAUUGGAAGCUCGGAAUAUGAGGGAAUAUCAGAAUCUACUGCAGUAUUCCCUAACAGUAGACGCUUUCCUUCCCCAGCCGCAAUCACCGUGGGUGCCAUGA